CAAACAACUACUAACCGACUAGAAUUAGUGCAGUCGAGUGGCUAAACCCCCAUCAAUCGGACACAAUCGAACACCUGGAACCGCACCGAAAGAACAAGAAAUCAGUUGGUUUUUACUAGCUAUUGAUAUUGGAUAUUGGAACUAAUUGAACCGUUUGUUAUAUCCGCGCUGGCUACUUGUUUCUUCUGCUCGGUUUCUGCCAAACAAUAUAUAGGGUCUAUACCGGCUACCUACAAAAACUAAAAUGCAAGGCUAUGCUUCUUAUACUGGGGGUCCCGUUGGGUUUGGUGACCCUAACAGCAAGUAUAUCUCCGACGCAGAACGCGGGUGCGUAAUUUCAAAAUUUGUGCAAGAAAAACUUAUCAGUGAACUAUGUACAGAAGAGUGGAAAGGUUGGCGAAAAUGUAUACGACAAAAGCGGGGCGAGUGGUUCGGUACAUGGAACUGUAGACCAAAGUACCGGAUAUUUGAACAGUGUCAGGAUAGGUAUCUUCAAGACCCAGAAGAAGUAAAAAAAUUCGAAGAACAAUAUCUAAGUGUACGCGCCGAAUAUCGAAAAACUGGUGUGGGUCGCGCGUUCAUGACGAAAGAACGAAUACGAGAACUGUGCGAGUUGUAAAUGUCCCUCUUAUUAGUGAAACAAACAUCCGUUUAUGAAUAUAUAUUUAUGAAUGUGUGUACUUAUCAUGUUAAUUUUGAAAGGUCGAUACAAGAGGAAGCUGAACAUUAAAUUUUAUGAUUUAUGAUAACAUAAGUAAACAUAGUUAAGGUAAAUUAUACGGGGAUUUUCAGUUAACACUCCGAGGUAAACGACAGUGAAAUGCUUUACAAUCCCUAAUGGCAAGAAAUAAUCGAACCGAUGUGAGACAAACGAUACCAACGAAGAGUUUAACAUAAGGUAGGAAACCACAUACAAAACACCAAAAUGGUGAUUUCUUUUGUAAAUGAAAAAGUCUGACGAAGACAUCGUCGACACAAUGCAUAGUAGGAUAACUUGGAGAUAAAAGGUUUCCAUAUGCAGUUUGCGCGUUUGCACGUGAAAAUAAAAGAUAGAGUAAUCCUAUUAUUUGGAAUAUUCUUCCACUUCUAUGAAUACUAGUAGUUCUUAUUGGGGAGUAAUUCCAAACAUCGAAGCUUCCCGACGAAGCCUGUGAGAAGCUUCAUGUUUUGGUAAUUGUUUUUGAGUUUGAGGGCUUGGUGCAGGGUGCUGCACCGGGGGAGGUAAAGCUGCAGUCGGCGUAGGUGUUUCUUGUUUUCUACAGGGAAAAAAACGAAAAGAAUAGACAUAGUGAAAAUAAUCUAACAGAAAAAUAAAAAGAUAUCAUCAUUUAUUAACCAGCUUUAAACAUAUUCAACGAUCGAAGUUCGACCAGUUACAACUACGUCUAGAUAUAAGCUAGAUUACUUCCAACUCAUUCCAAGGACCCAUUUAUCUGUGCGUGUCAGUAGCUCACUAAAGAUGAAUAUAGUCGGUAAGGAUCAUCGGUUACAAAUCAAUGAACUGAUAAUCUUCCCAUAACCUCUAAUUCGGAUAAUCUGCAAAACAAAUAUAGUCGCGGUAAUUUAGCAAUAAAAUAUGUGAGGGACACUUGUAUCAAAUACUUUUGGGAAAGCUGGUAUUCGGGGUCAGAGUACAAAUUUAGUAUUACGAUGGAAUCAUUACAUCCGAUUUCAUUUGAGUUGUAAGGUGAAAGGGUUUCAAAUUACUUAUCCCCAGUUACUCCCAGGCACACAGAUUUGUGUAUUAAAAUUAAGUAGGUAAAUUCUUCACAGCUAGUGAUAAACGAGGUGAUCAACGUAAACAACUACUUUGAUGUUUGAUUUUAUGCUAUGCAUCUGUGAAGACCGAUACUACAACAAUUCCCAUUUGAGUGCCCAAAAUCACAGACGCCAGAAGAAAAUGUCUCUAAGAAGAUAUUCGUGAAAAAUCGAAUGAAAAGCUCCAAUAAUUAGAGACAGGGUGACAUACCUGUCAGACGUUUGUAAUUACGCAAAUGCAUUCAUUUCUUGUUUUCUAGGACUGCCUAAUCUUCUUCCAGGACCAUCCGUCCUUUUCUGGCUUUGCACUCUUACGUGUUAUCAGUGUUAACGGAAUGAAAUUCCUAUUUAUCACUGAUCGCAUGAGUCUAUAAAAGACUGUGAUCCUUUUACGAUGACUACAAAGAAACAAGCUUGACUAAUAUGAUGUCUCUAAAGUCAAUACCUAUAAUCCCUCGAAGCUUAAUUGAGAUUUCAGUCCUGGACUUAGAUGUACUGUCCGAACAUUCGACUUUCAUUAUACUUUAAAAGACAUACAGGUACAGUAUAAAGACAAGUUUGAAAGGAAAAAAAUAUUUUUGAUGAGAAAACAUACUUUAUGAAAUACGUACACCUAGUCUAUUUGCAUCUGUCAAGUAUUUUGCGAUCUAAGCUGGUGAUAAACAGUCUACUCUUGCUUCUUUUCUGGUCUCAAAAUACUUUUAAAACAUUGAGUUAUUCGGCCUCGGCACACCUCGCAGCGAUAGCAACUUACAAGCGACGCUCAGCUGCAUACUACUUACAGAUCAGUGAGGGUGGAGUACAGCACACUGGAACGUGACUGUAUUCAUAUUCCGACUUUAAAGUAGAAUGUGGUUUUUCCAACCAAACGGCUUAGUGGUAAUGUUUGUCAAUAAAUAGCAUAACAGACGUUACGAAAACCCUUUUACUUGGGUGCUAAUAAACAAGAGAGACAGUCUUCCCACCAAAACUCUCUUUCCUUUGAACCUUCAAAUCAAUUCACAAUGUUCAUAAUUACACACCGUCAGUCAGCCACAGCGCAGAGCUUGGUACGUACGUGCAUCAGUCUAAGUUACAAAAACCUCAAUACCACGGAGAGAGGAAAAUGUCAAGCCAAAUCUUAUAGGUGGUAAAAGUUCGAGCAGUAAUGUAAAAGACUAGGGAUCGAAGACAGGAUUCAAGGAAAUCAAGGAGGUAAAAAGACGAAACAAUUGUGAUGAGUAUAGAAGCUCACGAUUUAGAGAAAGAAAUUAAUCAAGUAUAUUCCAGUGAAAUAAAUU